AUGGGAGAGGCUCCACCCCAAGGGUAUAGGACGGCAUGGGAGGAUCUUGAAGCUGCUUCGGAACCCCACUGCGUCGAUGUCAGCGGUAGGGUAGCUUUGGUGACAGGCGCAAACGAUCCCGGCGCAAUUGGGUACCAUAUGGCUCUAUAUCUUGCUCGCUACGGCGCCAAGGUGUACGUUGGUGCACGCAGCAGACCAAAGGCACUACAAGCCAUCGCCCAAAUGAGAGAAAUGCAAGCAGAUACAGAACUGCUGCUUGAACCUUUUGUGGCGGAUCUACGAGACUUGCAGCAGGUGAAGACAGCGUCGGAUAGGUUGAAGGCAGUAGAGGCAAGGCUCGACAUCGUCAUCAACAAUGCCGCAAUCUCAGAAGACCCUGCGAUCAAGACUGAGUACGGCCUCGCCACCACCGUGGUUGUGAACUACCUUGCCCCUUUUCUUCUCGUAAAUAACCUACAAACACUGCUCAUUAACACUGCGAGAGCCGGGGGAGAUGUCCGCGUCGUAAACAUGACUUCUACCGUGCACACCGUCAUCGACGGACUAAACCUUGACUGCAACUACUCGUUGAAUGUGGACCCACAGUGGAUGGGUCCGCGGACGCCAACGAUGCAGCAAUACGCGCUCUCUAAAUUGGCAUUGGUCAUGCAUGCGAAGACCCUGCAACGACACUGCGACGCCCAAGGAAUACCAAUCCUGGCUAUGUCUGUGUUUCCUGGAUUCGCAAAGACGACACGGACCCUCAAGCUCAUGGGUGAAAGCCCGGACAUGGUCUUCACCCCGAGCGACUGUGCAUUUACCGGCCUCUUUGCCGCCACCGAGCCAUCCGUCAGGACGAGUGGCAAGAGGCCGAGUGCCCCAAAUAUGACCGGCAGGUCUGGCGAAUCGGGCGAGGCGGGUAGCACCCUUUGCGCGACCACUACGGCUGAGGGGGGCAACAAUGUGGCCGAGACGACCAGCACGCUCGGGCAUGGAGGCACGGGUGAUCGAGAAGGGGGUUUUGAUCAGGGCGGCGCGGGAGGGGUGACUGACAAUGACAGAUGCCUGGGGUGGACGAAUCUCAUCACGGCGGGAGCCACUGACAAUGUCACCUCCGGCCCUUCCAAGAUGAGCGGCACGUCUAAACCAAGCGGUUCGUACGGCGGCGCAUACAUCGUCCCCUUCGGCGUGAUCGGCAGGUCAACGGCGACGGCCGAAGACGAGGCGCUGGGCGAACGCUUGUGGGAGUUAUCGAGUCGGAUUGUGGAGGAUGUGUUAUGGAUGUUGUGA